CCUCCGGAGGCCCAGUAGCUUCUUUCCGGGCCCGCGGGGGUGGGUUCCAUCAGACUCUUAGGGCAGGAGGUGGGCCGGGGUAGAGAUUGCCUGAGCAUUCAGGGCGGAGACGGGAUCUUCCCGCAGUUACUUCUGCAGUCGUCCAAGGACACUGCCAUUUCCCAAGAGAAGAGCCAAGAAGAGGAAAGAAUGGCUGUUGGACUUCUUAAAGCCAUGUACCAGGAGUUGGUGACCUUCAGAGAUGUGGCUGUAGACUUCUCCAGAGAAGAGUGGGAUUGUCUAAAUUCUUCUCAAAGGCAUCUGUACAGUAAUGUGAUGUUGGAGAAUUAUAGGAUCUUGGUGUCCCUAGGACUUUGCUUUUCUAAGCCAAGUGUGAUAUUAUUAUUGGAACAAGGGAAAGAGCCCUGGAUGGUGACGAGAGAGCUGGCCAAAGGCUUGUGCUCAGGCUGGGAAUCUAGGUGUGAGACUGAAGAAUUAACCUCAAAGCAAGAUAUUUAUGAAGCACAAUCAUCCCAGAAGAUUCUAGAAAAACUUACAAGCUGUGGCCUUGAGUAUUCCAGUUUAAGAGAAGAAUGGAAAUGUGAGGACCAUUUUGAGACACAGCCAGUAAAUCAGAAGGCAUGUUUCAAGGAAGAGACAAUCACUCAUGACGAAGCCCUUGUUAAUAAAAGAGCACAAGAAUAUAACAAAUCUUGGGGAAAUUUCCAUCCAAACACACUGCUUCAUACACAACAGAUAACCACCAAAGAGGAGAAAAUACAUAAACAUGAUACACAUAAGAAAAGCUUUAAAAAAAAUUUAAUGGCCAUUAAGCCCAAGAGUAUCUAUACAGAGAAAAAACUUUUGAAAUGUAAUGACUGUGAAAAAGUCUUUAGCCAGAGCUCAUCUCUUACUCUUCAUCAAAGAAUUCAUACUGGAGAGAAACCAUAUAAAUGUGUAGAAUGUGGAAAAGCCUUCAGCCAGAGAUCAAAUCUUGUUCAACACCAGAGGAUUCAUACUGGAGAGAAACCCUAUGAAUGUAAGGAAUGUAGGAAGGCCUUCAGUCAGAAUGCACACCUAGUUCAGCAUCUGAGAGUUCAUACUGGAGAAAAACCUUAUGAAUGCAAAGUGUGUAGGAAAGCCUUUAGCCAGUUUGCUUACCUUGCUCAACAUCAGAGAGUUCAUACUGGAGAGAAGCCUUAUGAAUGUAUUGAAUGUGGAAAAGCAUUUAGCAAUAGAUCAUCCAUUGCUCAACACCAGAGAGUUCAUACUGGUGAGAAACCUUAUGAAUGUAAUGUCUGUGGGAAAGCAUUUAGCCUUCGUGCAUACCUUACUGUACACCAGAGAAUACAUACUGGAGAGAGACCCUAUGAAUGUAAGGAAUGUGGGAAGGCUUUCAGCCAGAAUUCACAUCUUGCUCAACAUCAGAGAAUUCAUACUGGAGAAAAACCUUAUAAAUGUCAAGAAUGUAGGAAAGCAUUCAGCCAGAUUGCCUACCUUGCCCAACAUCAAAGAGUUCAUACUGGAGAGAAACCCUAUGAAUGUAUUAAGUGUGGGAAGGCUUUUAGCAAUGACUCAUCCCUUACUCAGCAUCAGAGAGUUCAUACUGGAGAGAAGCCUUAUGAAUGUAACGUUUGUGGAAAGGCUUUCAGUUACUGUGGAUCCCUUGCCCAACAUCAGAGAAUUCAUACUGGAGAGAGACCCUAUGAAUGUAAGGAAUGCAAGAAAACUUUCAGGCAGCAUGCACACCUUGCUCAUCAUCAGAGAAUCCAUCUUGGGGAGUCACUCUCACCACCCAAUCCAGUCAAUCACCAAGUUCUCUAGACACUAUCUCAUAAAUAUAUCCAGAAUUUAUAUUCUUUUUUUUCUAUCUCUAAAGUCACUGUAGAUUCAUCUCACCUCAAUCACCAUACUGUAGCUUUCCAAGAGGUCUUCCUAUAUCAACUUUUGAUCCCCUUAAAUUCAUUCCCACCAUGCCCCAAACUGAUUUUUUUGAGUAUAAGAAUACAUCACUGCCUCCAGUUAAAACUUUUUUUUCUUUUUUGGCUUAUUAUUUUCUUAAGCUAACAUCCUCAGUCUUUAAAUUGUCUAUGAGGUGCUUCAUUAUCUGGUUCUUACAUACCUUUCAGUCUUAUUUUAUUUAUUCCAGUCUCCUUCACUGAGCACUAGGCACUUCCCAGGACUAAGAGCUUAGAUUCUGGAAAAUCAGCUCUACAACUGCUGUGGCAUUGUACGACUUUGAGUAAUUUGUUUGACUUAUCUAAACCUCAGGGUUUUCUUUAAUUCUUAAAAUAGGGAUAAUAAAGGAUACUGUAUUGUAGAACUGUGAUUAUUAAAUGAUAUAGUGUCUGUUGUAGACUGAUGCAUAUAAAGGAAUAAAUUUGCAUGUAAAGUGCUUCACGUAGCACAUCAAUUGUAGCAGAUAUUCAAUAAAUCAUAAUAGCUAA